GUCGCGACGAUGGCAACGCACCGACGAUUUUCUUUCUUAUUUUUAUAAUAAAUAAUGUGGCUGAGAUAUUCGAAUAUUCUCAUUCAGUUCGAAUAAACCUAUAGACAGUGUUAUGUUAACGUUCUUUCCGGCCGGUAUAUAGUCAUAAAUGAUAUUAGUGGAGUUACAUUCAAGUGGUUGUUUGUUAUUAUACAAUUAAGGAUUUUUCAUAAGAUUUUCCAUAUAAGAAUUGAAAGCAUAAAAUGAUUCUCUCCGUGCUGAAAAAAUCUCGCAUCGUGCACUUGUGUUUUGCCAUUUCAUUCUUCACAUCAGGCCUGAUCAUAAACAUUGCACAAUUCAUAUUAUACACAUGUCUCAAGCCUUUCAACAAGAGGCUUUACAGAAAACUUGGUUAUUAUUUGUGCUACACAUUUUACAGUCAGAUAGUGUUUUUAGCUGACUGGUGGUCCAAAUCUAAUCUGACCUUACACAUAUCAAAGAAAGAUUAUGAACAAUGUGGGAAGGAACAUGGUCUUUUAAUUAUGAAUCAUACGUACGAAACAGAUUGGUUAUUAGGAUGGAUGUUUACGGAAAAAAUUGGUGUACUUGGUAAUUGUAAGGCAUAUGCAAAAAGAUCUAUUCAAUACAUUCCGUCAUUAGGAUGGUCUUGGAAGUUUGCAGAGUUUGUCUUCUUAGAGAGGUCCUAUGAUAAGGAUAAAGAAUUUAUUGGUAAACAAAUUAGCGAAAUUAUGGAUUAUCCUGAUCCUACGUGGUUAUUGUUAAAUGCAGAAGGCACACGUUUUACUCUAGCAAAGCAUGCUGCAUCUCAGAAAUUUGCUGCUGAACAUGGACUACCAGUUCUUAAGCAUCACUUAACACCGCGCACUAAAGGUUUUAUCGCAAGCUUACCAUCCCUUAAAGCCAAAUGCCCUGCCAUAUAUGAUAUUCAACUUGUAGUCAAACCAGAUGAAAAGGUAUCACCAACUGUAUUAAAUUUCCUACUAGGACGAACGAUAAAUGCAUAUAUGCAUGUUAGGAGGAUACCUAUGUCAUCAGUACCGUCAGAUGAAGACGGUGCAGCAAAAUUUAUGCAUAAUUUAUUUAAGGAAAAGGAUGAUCAAGUAGACUCUUUCCUGAAAACAGGAAGAUUUUUACCAGAAUCAGAAACAACAGGGUAUAUGGAACCUUUCAAACUAAAACCUAGUUUAGCUCCGUUACUGAAUACAAUAUGUUGGGGAAUUAUCACAUUGACACCUAUGUUGUAUUAUUUAGCAAGUCUUUUACUUAGUGGAGAAUUGCUGUAUUUUAGUGCGGGCAUGUGUAUUAUUGGAACAUUUUAUGCACUCAUGCAGAAAACAAUAGGUAUGUCCAAGAUCAGUAAAGCUUCAGAUUAUGGAUCAGAUUCACCAAGCAAGCGUUCACCAAACAAACAGACUUAAUCAUUUUAAUACUCGAUCAUCAUAUUAUUAUGCUCAUUCACUUUUAAAGCGUUUUGUUAAGGUAAGCAAAUAAUAUCCAGUAUUGAAGUUAAAUAAGAACUGAUUAUCGAAAGAUAUUAAGGUUCAGGUUUAAGAAUUUU